CUUAGACACAGGUGAGGCGGACUAACUCGCCGUAGGGAACUUGACGCUGCGUGAUCGUCCUCCUUGUUUUCCCGCCAGCGUCUUCCGUCGCAGAAGUUGACGUUCCCGAACAUCGCCAUGUGCUCCGGGGGCUUCGCCAAGUGUCUGGGGAUCAGUUUGAUGCCGCUGUCCGUGGUGUGCGUGCUGUGCAACAUCCUGCUCUUCUUCCCCGGCGGCAAGACUCUGGACAGUCAAUUCAUCUCCGAGGAAGUCUGGUAUUUUGGAGGGAUUCUGGGCUCGGGGGUGUUGAUGAUCUUCCCGGCCUUGGUCUUCCUGGGUCUGAAGAACAAUGACUGCUGCGGUUGCUGUGGUAACGAAAGCUGUGGCAGGAGAUUUGCGAUGCUGAGUUCCAUUCUGUUUGCAGCUAUUGGUGUCAUAGGAGCUGGUUACUCAGUCGUAGUCUCGGGCGUGGCCAUAAACCGUGGACCGCAAUGUCUUGUAGUUACCAACACAAGCAUGUGGACCUACCCCUUCUCUGAUGGUGACUACCUGAGCAACUCAGCGCUGUGGUCCAGGUGUGAGGAGCCAGUGGGUGUGGUGUCCUGGAACCUCUCCCUGUUCUCGGUGCUGCUGGUCAUGGGUCUGAUCCAGAUGGCGCUGUGUGGCGUGCAGGUGGUGAACGGCCUGCUGGGAGCUCUGUGCGGGGACUGCUGCGGGUGUUGUGGAGGGAGCGACGGAGCUGUGUGAACGUGACUCCUGGCUGAAAAGACCAGUUUCUUCUGCAUUUAUUGUUGCUUCUAGACAGUAGCAGAGGUUUUAAUUUGGUAUAAGGAGCUGGUUAAUUACAGUGUAGUUGAACCUGUUUAAAUGUAUGGACGUCUUUGUUAUGUACAAGCACAGAUGGUUGAAUAUUGUAGUAUUUGUUGUUGAUUUGCUUUCAGUUUUAUUAUUUAAAAAAAUACUUGCAAAAAUGAACUUAAAAGGAUGAACUAUUCAGACUAGAAGCAGAAUGACAAUACAGUGCAGUUCACUCUUACUGGGAAAUAUGUGUCAUGACUGCCCUCUAGUGGGUGACUUUGGUAUUGAUUUAUUUGUGUGUCUGCGCACGCAACAUUUUGUCAAUGUACCUGCAAUAACCUUCAAUAAAAUAUCGUGCGUCUUA